AUGUCAUCACAGCUAGUAAGAUUCAUAAGGGUUAGCGACAAGUCUCUCGAAGAUGCUAAAGCAUCCGACGAGAAUAGUCCAAGACUCCACGGGUCACACUACCUCCCAUCCCUCCGCCACCAGAUCACCAAUGACAGCACUGCAAGUAAAGACCCCAUCGCUCAGAUGGAAAAGGCCGGAUACCCCAUGGGAUUCAAUAUCAACGAUUGGGGCGCCACACACACAAUCAGAGAUAGCCUUAUUGACAUUCCCAAAAAGAAAACCCACCGAUCCGGUAUCCCAUUUCUCAAAUCCGAGGUCGGGGUGGCCAGCUGGACGUUUCGGUUGCAUGGUCUGGAUGCCAAUGGUGAUGAUGCUGAAGAGCCCUGA